AUGAAAUCCCUCACGUCCCUCCUCCUCCUCGCCCUCCUCCAGCCUUUGGUGAAUCUGCUACCAGCAGUCCAGGCAGCGCCCUACUCCAUCGCUGAGAACAUCGUCGGUGAAGGGUUCUAUAGCGCAUUUGAUUGGCAGGCUAUUUCUGAUCCUACUCAUGGUCGAGUCCGCUACGUCGACCAAGGCACCUCCCUCAACCUCAACCUCACCUACGCCUCCGGCAACCGCUUCAUCCUCCGCACCGACUCGCGCAGCCUCCUCAGCCCCAGCGGGCCCGGCCGCAACUCGGUGCGCAUCCAGAGCAAGCGGGCGUACACCCGGCAUGUUGCUGUAACAUCAUUCUUCGUCGCGUUCCCUCUACCUCAUUCCACGCGCACCCGCUUUACUAUUUACCCCACGUUUCUCCACGCGCGGUGGUAUAUACAUAUGUAUAUACUGCCACCGGGUCGAAGUCCUUCUACUUCUCCUGCUUCUCCGUUGCCUUUCUCCUCCUCCGUUGUCGACGCUCGUGCGUACCCCGGAUUCGAUGUCCAUCAUAUGCCUCAAGGAUGCGGGACAUGGCCCGCAAUUUGGGAAACCGCAGUAUCCAACUGGCCAUACGGGGGUGAAGUGGACAUUGUUGAAGGCGUGAACGACCAAGCGCCCAAUGCGGCCACACUCCACACCGGUCCGGGAUGCUCGAUGCCAAGUUCGGGGAGGCCUAUGACUGGCACCGCCGGCCAACUGGACUGCAACGCCUUCAUCAACAGCAACGCCGGCUGCGGCGUCAAGUUCCCCUCUUCCAACAGCUACGGACCAGAGUUCAACCGUAACGGCGGAGGAUGGUACGCGAUGGAACGUACCGACGCUUUUAUCAAAGUCUGGUUCUGGCCUCGAAACAGCGGUUCCGUUCCUGAGGAUGUGAGGCAUGGGAGGGGCCAGAUUAACACUGAUUCUUGGGGCACACCAACAGCCUACUUCCCCAACACCCAAUGCGACAUCACCCGGCACUUUUCAGCCAACAACAUCAUCAUCAACAUCACGCUCUGCGGCGACUGGGCAGGCAACGUCUUCAGCCAGUCUGGGUGCCCUGGUACCUGUGUCGAUUAUGUGAACAACAACCCUGGAGCAUUCGAGAAAGCCUUCUUCGAUAUGGGGGCCGUCAGGAUUUACGUCUAAUUUAAAGCCUUUAAAUUAUCCUCCGGUAUGAUACUAGGACGCGAAGGAAGUUGUCUGUACGGAGUUCAACGGUCGGAGUGACGGAAAGUUCUCAACUCAAAAAAUCCUGAUGAUGAUACCCUGUAUUUGUACGGAAACUCAACGGAUGGUACAUACCAUACGCUCUCAAUCUCUCUUCUCUGUUCUGUCUGUACCUAGUAGAAUGUAUUUGUAGUAGUAGUCCAAGUCUCCUCUCAUUGAAUGUAUCAUUGCGUUAUCGAA